AACGCGUCAAUCUGACUCUAUCAAUCAUGACACCUGCUGAUCUCGACGCUCUGCGCAUGCGUGGUUCAAUCAAAUAGGUGACGCCUGAGUGAUUUACAAGAUUUUUACUGGAGGUGGAUAUACUGGUUGAGGUCACGAAUACUCACUAUAUACGUACGCUGGUGAUUAUUAUUAACCUCCUGUUAAUCGUUGAACAGCCGUAUUGAUUAGGAACUUUGCCAUCGAACGUGACUGAGACAAGUGAAAAUCAUGGGAUAUAAUGUUCAGCAAUUUGUCAAUCAGGACAUUGACCCGAACCUGUUAUGUGGAAUUUGUGCUGGGGUACUAGAGAAAGCCGUCAUAACUCCCUGUGGACAUUCAUACUGUGACGAAUGUUUAGAAACAUGGUUGCAAAGAAGAAUCGAAAAUGAAGGCAUCCCUGCUUCAUGUCCUUCCUGUAGGACCGAGAUGUUAAUGACCGACACGAUUCCUGUCAUAGCCCUACGAGGGAUUAUCGAUGGACUGAUUGUUCAGUGUCCAAAUGCUGACGAUGGAUGUAAGUUGGUGAUUAAGUUAGACAAUGUUGACUCCCAUUUAAAGGAGUGUAGGUACGAGGCGGUGCAGUGUAGUGGGUGUUGGAAAAAUAUUCAACGACGACAAUUAGCUGAGCAUCACGCAAGCUGCGCAAGCAUCAGAAGAUUAUGUUGUACAUCAUACUCAGAUGAAACGAUUGAUCAUGAUUUUAACCCAACAGUACACGAGCUAACUCAACAACUUGCUGAGGUUGAAGCUGAUUUAAGAAAGACUAAAGAUUCGUUGAAUUUAUCCAAAGGAAAUGUUAAAAAACUCGAACGGGAGCUAAGGAACAUGAGGUACAGAAUUGAUCUUCACUCCGCUGAAGAAGACGAAGAAUUCGAUUGCGAUUUUGAUCCAGAAUAUAACUACGGCUAUUCACCUCAAAGUAUAGCGCAAUUAUCUUCAAUGAUAUCACGAUCUUUACUCUCUAAACCCUACUAUGUUGACCGUGGAUAUACUUUCGCUGCCAUCAAACGCUGCUACGAUUAUUACCACAAUUUCCCUGGUUAUUCACAAGACGUUCACAUGAUGCUAGCCACGGCAUAUGCUAGUAACUGGUUCACUGAAAGCCAAAGACGAAGUUUUGAAAUUUGGUUAGAAAAUAUCGCGCGUGAACGAUUCGUUCGAUAGAAUCAUUUUUGAUUGUUUUGAUUUUAAUUUUUUUCUUUUGAAUAAAUGAAUAUAAAUAAGCCUGUGUGUGGUGGCGUUCGCGGUGAGUAAAAGUGUAUCUGAUUUAGAAAAAAAAUUCGGCAAAUUGAAUAAAAUCAUUAAAGAUUGAAUGUUUUUACACGUGUGCAACAAGUUUGAUUUUUAUUAUUUGUGUUCGUUUGAUCACAGUCGAGCAUCACUGCAGGUCGUCCGCUUCUGUUUUCUCUUCCAAAUCAAUAAAUCUUGCCAUAAUUUCCAUUUCUAAACAUAUGAAGCAAAACUUAUCUAUUCUUUCGACUCUAAUCAAUCUGGCGGCAAUUCGGUAAUUAUCUAAAAGGAAUACUGCUUUCCUUUUAACCUGUUAGUUUAUUCUUGUGGUCUGUCUUCAGCAACAGGUUUUAAUCAAGUCUUCUAUACCAAAUCUUUAGUGAUUUUUKUUUUCGUGUUUUCGAUACAUAUCACAUUAAUAUCGUCCAAUAAUUUCAUCGGCGGCCGUGUUGAUUAAAAAUGAUUCUAUUUGUUAUUAAAGCAGCUAUGUGGGUUUACAUACUUCAAUAAUUUAAAGCUUUUGUUUGAAUUAUUUCGAACCUAGCGCUUGUUAAUUAAAAACAGCUUUUACUCAAAUUUCAACGGAGUCUAAUUCACUGAACGAUUUUCAUKCGAUUCGAUCGAGAAACUUCGCUGAAAAAAGGCACUGUCAGGUUACCGAGGAGAUGGCAAAGUAAGCGAUGUCUAGCGCUAGCUUAAAUAAAUACGAAUACAAAGAUUAAAAUCAGUUUAGUAUAACGUGUUAGCCGUAAUGGUUUCACCUUUUUCGACAUUCCUUGAAAGUGCGUAAAAGUACACGUUUAUGGUUUUUUUAGUACAAUAUUUCUUCUUACGACUGACUUCACCUCUCAUGUGAAACAUCGUCCCAUAAAGACAAACAAACAAAAAYAAUCCGCUCUAGGAAAAAAAUAACAACAAAGUACCAAACAACAGACAAUCAAACAACCAAAAACUUCACGAAAAUUCAAAUCAAAUUAGAUUUGUUCAAUCGAUUGGCCUCUACAACUCGUGUAAGUGGUGUUACGGUCACCAMAAAGAUCGGAGAUUGUCAUUGAAUUGUCGUACAAAUGUACAGUUUAUCAAUUUGAUUURUUCAGCUUUCUCAAAAGAUUUUUCGGAAAAUUAAAUUAUCUAGUGAACAAGGGUGAAAUGGUUUAUUAUAAUGAUAUAUAGGAUAAGCAUCGAGGAAUCAAGUCAAAUGAAAUAGAUAAACCGAGUUUCAGUACAUUUGUACGACAAUUCAAUGACUAUCUCCGUUCUUUUUGGCGACGAUAACAUCAAGCACAUCACCUGCAAUCUAGAGGCCAAUCGGCGAAUUAAUGUAUCGUAAGGUGUAAUUACGAUAGGACAAAUUCUAAUUAUUAAAGUUUAGUAUAAAAAUG